GUUUUUGAUUGCCCUACUUGCAACCCGGUGGAAUAUUGAUACGCUAACCUGGAGGGGGGUAUGUGAUAUUUCUACUACAUCCCCCCAUUGUGGAGCUAGGCCUCUUUUGUGCUUCAAAAUGUCUACGGCAUAUUGAUAUGGAAAAGCUGAGAAGAUUAAGUUUACAUUGGGUCAAGUUUGAGAUCUUAGUCCAUGUACCUGAAGAUUGUCAAAUGUUUCCAGUGACUGUCAGGCCAGUGGACACUAUAAAGGACCUUAGAGUCAAUCUUGUAAAACAAGGAAUCACCUCGUGGAAGAAGUAUUUUUCCUACAAUGGAAGAGAAUUAGGAGAGUAUGAAACUAUUAGAGACCUCAACAUCAAAAGUGGAGCUGUUAUAUUACUUGUUAAUAAAAACGCAAGACAUAGUAUUUAACGACGCAGGGGACGCACACCUGAGGCCUGAAGCAGCGCGGACCCGACCCCGGCAACAGGUAAAUAUUGCUGAACAUGCUGUUUAUUCUAUGGGAUUAUGCAUUAUCACCUACAAAAGAAUUUUGUACACCUGGAUAUAGAAGACAAACUAUGGUCUGAGGACAUUAUCAAAAGUAAAACACUUCACCGGAUUUUGCUGCUGAAGGUUGGAGAAGUUCAGAAAUAUUCGAACUAGAUCAGCAACAUUCAUAAAGUCAAAUCAGCAAGGAAAGAAACAUACCAUGCAUGCUAACAUUUUUAUAAACUAGAUUGACAUAUGUUAUCUUAUAUGCCUGUAUACUUUGUUGUAGCAGACAUUGCAUGUGCCACAGAAUACAACUCCCCCCCCACCUUCAAGUUCUUUCAAGUUGAACCCUUGCUAGCAACUACAAUAUAACAUUGUAACUUAUCAGUAGAAAUUCCAGUUAU